AUGAUCGAGGAGUAUCACACUGGUUUUAGGAUCGACCAGGUUCAUUCCGACCUAGAUUGGAGCGAAUCAGAAAAACCAGAUAAUCUUUAUCCCAGAGGGAAAGCAUGUAGUCUCGAUGCGGAUUCGUUGCGUAAGGUCGAUCAAGAGUUAUCCGUUCAAUCCCUUGCCAUGAGCGAGAUUCAUUACGUACAGGAGGAAGCUUUAACCUCGUUAAAGGACGAGUUCAAAGGGACCUAUUACACGCUCGGAGCAUUAGACAAACAGAUCCGGCAACAAUUACCGAAUGAGCAUUUCCCGUUCAACCAGGACGACAGGCUUCUAAAAGCAGCGGACGCAAAAUUUUGGCCAAUAAGUGGUACGGAGAUAUUUUUUAACAAGGAGAAAACUUUUCUUGUCUGGCGCAACGAGCCGGAUCACAUGCGUCUGAUAUCGAUGGAACGAGGCGGGAACCUCGCGGCGGUGUACGAGGAGGGCUCGUUAAAGCGGUCCAAGAAAUCGAAAAGAAAUUGGAAUUCCUGCGGCACCGGAGACCCGGCUUCCUUCACAUUCUGCCCUACGAAUCUUGCUUGGCACGACCAUCCGAGCCUCGGUGCACGUUCGCCUGCCGAAAUUGAGCGCGGAUUAUCAACGGUUCGAAAAGAUCGCGACCAUGCACGGUCUUCAGAAAUAGCAAUUUCGACGGGAAAAAGACCUCACCUAUAUCUUAAAUUCUACUCACCGACACUGUCGUUUCAGGACCCGUCACGUUUUACAUCCCUCUAAAAU